UCCAGUGUCCAGGCCAUCUUUGGUUGUCCUCGCCACUGACAUCUAGUGUGGCCGCCUUUACUCAUCCAACCCCUCGUUGCUUCAUCUCAUGAUUACAAAACACGUUUAACGUGCCAACCAGGCGUCCGGAGCGGGUGCACCGAGAGCAGGAGACCCUCUGGCGUUUUCCCCUUUGCUGCAUUUCUCACAGAAAAAAAGAGGGCGAGACGGAAGAAGCGGCUAGACAACAACAUGGAUGAAGAAUAUGACGUGAUCGUUUUGGGCACCGGACUCACAGAAUGCAUCCUGUCUGGGAUCAUGUCUGUGAAUGGCAAGAAGGUUCUGCACAUGGACAGGAACCCCUACUACGGUGGUGAGAGUUCCUCCAUCACCCCUCUGGAAGAGCUUUACAAGCGCUUCAGCCUCCCUAACAGUCCGCCCGAUUCGAUGGGUCGGGGACGCGACUGGAAUGUGGACCUCAUCCCCAAGUUCCUCAUGGCCAACGGUCAGCUGGUGAAGAUGCUGCUGUACACAGAAGUGACUCGGUACCUGGACUUCAAAGUGGUGGAGGGAAGUUUCGUCUACAAGGGAGGAAAGAUCUACAAGGUGCCGUCCACUGAGACUGAGGCGUUAGCUUCAAAUUUGAUGGGAAUGUUUGAGAAGCGCCGCUUCCGCAAGUUUUUGGUCUUUGUGGCUAACUUUGACGAGAACGACCCCAAGACCUUUGAGGGCGUGGAUCCCAAGACCACCACCAUGAGGGAUGUGUACAAGAAGUUUGACCUGGGCCAGGAUGUCAUUGAUUUUACCGGCCACGCCCUCGCCCUCUACAGGACGGAUGAGUACCUUGAUUUCCCCUGCCUGGACACUAUCAACCGAAUCAAACUGUACAGCGAGUCACUGGCGCGUUACGGGAGGAGCCCGUACCUCUACCCCUUGUACGGCCUUGGAGAGCUGCCGCAGGGAUUUGCCAGAUUGAGCGCCAUCUACGGAGGCACCUACAUGCUGAACAAGCCCGUGGAUGAAAUUGUGAUUGAAGGCGGCCACGUGAUUGGCGUCAAGUCUGAAGGCGAGGUGGCUCGCUGCAAGCAGCUGAUCUGCGACCCCAGCUACAUCCCCGACCGCGUGCGCAAGGCGGGCCAGGUGAUCCGCGUCAUCUGCAUCCUCAGCCAUCCCAUCAAAAACACCAACGACGCCAACUCCUGCCAGAUCAUCAUCCCUCAGAAUCAGGUCAACCGCAACUCUGACAUCUACGUGUGCAUGAUCUCUUAUGCCCACAACGUGGCGGCCCAGGGGAAGUACAUCGCCAUUGUCAGCACCACGGUGGAAACCAAUGAGCCGGAGUCCGAGAUCCAGCCCGCCUUUGAGCUGCUGGAGCCCAUUGACCAAAAGUUUGUGGCUAUCAGCGAUCUCUACGAGCCCACGGAUGACGGCACGGAGAGCCAGAUCUUCGCCUCCAGCUCCUACGACGCGACCACUCACUUUGAGACCACCUGCAACGACAUCAAGGACAUCUACAAACGCAUGACGGGCAGCGACUUUGACUUUGAGAACAUGAAGCGCAAACAGAACGACGUGUUCGGGGAAGACGAACAGUGAGCGGCCCGCUCGAGUGGGAGGCGGCGGCAUCGGAAGGAGGCAAAAGGGGGUCGAUGGCAAGGUUGGAAUGAAGGCGGCGUAAAACAAGUGCUGUGCCCGCCUUUUGCCCCCUUUUCCUUGUACGCCCGCUCCCCCCUCUCUCCUGACACGCACACAAACGUACACACUCCACAGUCGCCGAAAAGCAGGGCUGAUACGGUCCUUCAUUUCAUUGUAGAAUCUAUAAUCACGUCUUGUCAGUAGAGGUCCAUUUAGGAGGCAGGUUUGAAGCAUUUCAUGAUUUUUCUUCCAUCUUUUCUCUCAUCUCACAUAACAGCUUCGUGUAGAAUUUUCUGGAAGGCUCACGUGCAUGCAUCGUAGUCACACGCAGUAGUAUUGUGCAAUCAAAACGGCCGGCGCCCCGAAUGCCGGACCGUGCGCGGCACCUGUCAGCCCUGCUUUCAUCCGUACUACACGCCAGUCCUACUUGGGGCGAAACGACACGCAUUUUCUGUAAAUGGCUCUGUCAACCGAUGUGCUAAUUUGCCACGCUGUCGUGUUCCCACGUGCGCUAGCAGGCCAGUUCACCGGUUGGCUCUUUUCUGUCACUCCCGUGCAAAGAAGCCCUUUGGUUUACAUGUCACAUCCCUUUUACCAUGGCAGUAGUUCUAACAUUUAAGACGAUUCGAGAGGUUUUUGUUUGUUUGUUUGCAUUUGGUGCACGUUUUCACUGGCUGAAGUUAUGACGUUUACAGAGGCGAGGUUCAAACUGUACUUGAGCAGAAAUGCUGUUGAGAGGAAAUAAGACUGAGGUGAGACUUUUUUGUUUUUGUGGCAGUCGGAAAUGACAGAUGUGAUCAGGUUUUCAAUAGAUUUGUGGGAAGUUUCACUCUUACGUGAAUGAAGACUGAAAUUUUGGCAGAAGGUGAAAGUGCCCAAUUGUGUCCCAGUUGUUCCAAUCCUCCCCGUAGUUCAAUGUGAUGAGUCAGUCACUUGGAGGCUAAAUCAGAAUCAGAAUCAGAAUCAUCUUUAUUGGCCAAGUAUGUAGAACACACAAGGAAUUUGUCUCCGUUGGGACGCGGGCGCAAUUGGCAACUUUUUGGGGCUAAUCACCACCAUAAUGGAAUUGAAAUCAAAGCAAUACGAUGUGAUUGAACUGCAGACGUUCACCUUGAAUUUGGGGGUCUUACAUCCAAAUCAGGUGGGCCCCACUGUAGGAAUGACAACAAUUUGUAUCCGCGUGUGCCUCCCACUUUUGAAGGAAGCAAAAGUAACGGGACAAAUGAAGAAUCCCGAGUCAAACUUUGACUUUUGAAUACUUUGGUUGCAAAUCCUCGGCAGUCACAUAAAAGCUGAAGUGUGGAAGGCGUCAUCAGCAGAUUUCAUCCCUGGUGGCUGCAACUGUCUUCCCUUCCUGCUUGUUGCUUGGGGCAUUUUGCCUUCACUUUAGUCAAUUCAGUCAGCGAAAUGCAUCCUCUAUCGGUGAAUUGGCUUCCAAAACUCUUUCGGCGCUCUCGAAAAACACUCCGGAUCAUUUCCCAUCAGCACUGUGAAGCGCAGGCCUUUCAAUACGUUCUGACGGAUUUAGCGAAGCACUUCAGAAUUGCUGCGUUUGUCAGCGGUGACAUCAUCAAGAAAUUCAGAUUGGCACCCAUACAUGCCCACCGAGCCGUGGAGCAGCUGAGCAGCCAACUGGGCCAUUACGUUUGCUAAGGAGGCAAAAAGACACACGGGCAGCGUUGGCACCUGAUUUGGAUGUAUAUAUCCUCAAAUUCAAGCUGAAAGUCUGCACACCUUUUUGGUUUCAUUUCGCAUCCAUUCUGGAGGCGUUUCGAGCCAAAAAGACAACAAGCGUGUCCAAGUCCCAAUAUUUAUGAAUGUGCCGAGUGAAUGUGUGAGUUUGGUGACAGAGGGCCGUGAGAUGCCUGCACAAAGACAACGCCGAAGAGAAGUGCCGCCCCACAACAAACCGACACGCCAGUAUUUGCUUGAAGCCUUAAUUUGGGGUUUGAUUCAAAUCUUUGGGCUAUUACGUUCCUCUUAACGGCGCUCGCUCACUUGCGCUUCCGCCCUCUCGAAUCGUUUCCUUUCGCAAUCGCUCACUCGGCAACCCUAUAAAGAGUUCAUGGGAGGGGCUGAGUAUAUGUCUUCAUUCUAUUCCCUAUUUAUUCAAAUUCAUGAUUCAAUCCAGUACCGUCAUUUGACUUGUUCUGCAACGCACUCACACACAAAUACGGAGCAAUGAACUGUGUUUCAUUUGACCUUCUCCAGCCAUCCUUCCAUCUGAUGUUUGUCAGGCUUGGAUUGAAAAAAAAAAC